AUGUCGGACACUUGGAAUGAUAUCCAAGCGAUUAAAAAUAAACAAAAUAAUAUGAGAGCUAAAAUGAUAGCUCGUCGCAAGCAAAGGGAAGGCAUAGUUGCAGAAUUAAUCGAAUUAUCGAGCAGUAGUGGAUCACCAUCGAUAGUCCCAGCAAAUAUCCAGUCGCCUGCUUUAGAACAACCAGCUGCUUCUGGGAUUUCUAAAGUUCAGACUGCAACUACUGCCAGCACUGCCGUCAAAGUUGCAACUGAUCCAGAGGUUGAGAAGAAGUUGUUGAUGGUGUUGUGUGAUAUUAGUUUGGAUAUUCCUUCAGAUUCUAAGGUCAUCAUGGAGCAUACGUCAAGACUGAUGGAGCGAGAGGUUGAUUUGUUGUUGGUUGAAGAGUAUCUGCGAAAAUUUGCUGCACAAAAAUUGAUUAGCAUCAAGUUUACUGAAGGCAUGGAAGGCUUGAUUGUGAAUUCUUUGGAUUUUACCAAGCUCUCGGCUAUGACAAAAGGUCAGUCAAGAAAAAGGAAAUUCGAAAGUGAUGAUGAAGAAGAAGAAGAAAUGACCAGCAAACAAAUCAAGACAGUGUCUGGACCUGAGUCAGGUGAUAUAGAGAGCUUGUUGUCUAUGCAGACGACCAAAGAGAGGGAAGAGAAAAAACUGAAUGAAGAAAUUCAAGCAUUGCUAGUAACACAGACAGCUAAGGAGCAGUUGUUGGUUGAAAAGUUCAAGUCAAGGGGAGGUCCCCAGUUACAGGAGUUCUGUCAGUAUGGAACCAGGGAAGAAUGCUAUAGAACAGGACCAGAGGGAGCUCACUGCAAGCGCCUGCACUUUAAGAAAAUAAUUCAUGAACACACAGAUGAAUCUCUAGGCGACUGCUCAUUUCUCAACACAUGCUUCCACAUGGAGGUUUGCAAA